UUUUAGCCAACAUAGCCGAAAACAUUGCAGCUCUUUACACGUUUUCGGGGUAUAUUAGCCACAGUGUUUUAAACACACUUGUCGUAUCUACUAGUUAGUUACCCAAUUUAAUGUAAUAUGUACGUUGUUGUUAGCUAACUGGCUGAGUAAAUUAGCAGUAGUGCUAGUCUAGUCACUAAUGCUAACUAGCUAUUUAGCUAACAUCCCAACCAUGAGCUCAGUAAACGACUCCUCACCUUCUAAAGAUGGGAUCUGCUGGACGGAGAAAGAAACUCUGGGGCUGAACAUUGUCGUGAAAGAGGAGAAGGAAGAAGAGGAUGUCACAGUAAAAAAAGAAGUAAAGGGCGAGGCUGUUACAGUGAAAGAAGAAGAGUUAGAAGUUAAAUUGACAGAAGGUGAAGAAGCGUUCAGAGUGGAAGAGGAUGUUACAGUAAAAGAAGAGGGGGAGGUAAAAGAAGAGGUGGGGGAGAUGACUGUCACAGUGAAAGAAGAGGAAGACAUUUUUGGAAUGAAGGAAGUGGGGGAGAUUACUGUCACAUUGGAAGAAGAAGAAGAGGAGGAGACAGGAGAUCUGAUUAACAGCAGAGAGAGACCAGACUCUCAAUCUGACAGCAGAAAGAGUCCUUCAGGGGAACCAGACACUGAGAUGCCCAAGCCAGCGAUGCGACACCACUGCUCCCAGUGUAACAUGAGUUUUAAGUGGUUAUGGAAGCUGAAAGAGCAUGAAAGGAAACACACAGGAGAAAAGCCCUUCCAAUGCUCCCAGUGUGGAAAUAAAUUCUCACGAGCACAUGACCUGAAAUCACAUGAGAGGACACACACAGGGGAAAAACCACACAAUUGCUCACAGUGUGGAAAGCUUUUUUCCCAUUUAGGGAACCUGAACAAACAUAUGAGAAUACACUCUGGAGAGAAGCCUUACCCCUGUUCCCAUUGUGGAAAGAAUUUUAGGUCUUCAGAUAACCUGAAAGCGCAUGAAAGGACACACACAGGGGAGAAACCUUACCAUUGCUCUCUUUGUGGAAAGGAUUUUACCAAGUUGAGGAACCUAAAAGAGCAUGAGAGGAAACACACAGGUGAAAAGCCUUACGAAUGCUCCCAGUGUGGUAAGAGGUUUUCCCAUAUAGGGAACCUGAACAAACAUAAGAGAAUACACUCUGGAGAGAAGCCUUACCCCUGUUCCCAUUGUGGAAAGAAUUUUAGGUCUUCAGAUAACCUGAAAGCGCAUGAAAGGACACACACAGGGGAGAAACCAUACCAUUGUGCUCUGUGUGGAAAGGAUUUUACCAAGUUAGGGAACCUAAAAGAGCAUGAGAGGAAACACACAGGAGAAAAGCCUUACCACUGCUCCCAGUGUGGAGAGAGAUUUUCAAGAUCACCAAACCUUAAAAAGCAUCAGAGGACACACACAGGAGAAAAGCCUUACCACUGCUCCAAUUGCGGAAAGAUAUUUUCAACAUCAUCGGACCUAAAAAAGCACCAGAGGGGACACACAAGGGAGAAAUCUUACCAUUGCUCUCAAUGUGGAAAUAGUUUUUUACGAUCACAUGACCUAAAAUCGCAUGAGCUGACACACACAGGAGAAAAACCACAUAGUUGCUCCCAGUGUGGAAAGUGUUUUUUGUAUUUAGGGAACCUGAACAAACAUAAGAAAAUACACUCUGGAGAGAAGCCUUACCCCUGUUCCCAUUGUGGAAAAUUCUUUAGGUCGUUAGAUAACAUGAAGGAGCAUGAGAGGACACACACAGGGGAGAAGCUUUACCAUUGCGCCCUGUGUGGAAAGAGAUAUUCACGAUCACAUGACCUAAAAUUACAUAAAAGGAAACACACAGGGGAAGAAAACACACAAUUACACACACAGGGGAUAAAUCACACAAUUGGUCCCAGUGAGGAAAGAAUUUUACGCAGUUAGAGAACCUCUUCUCAUUGUGGAACUAUAUUUUCCUGGUCACAUUACCUAAAUUCACAUCAAAUCAAACCAAGCGAUAUUUAUUCAGCACAUUUCAGACAUGGAAUGGAACACAAUGAGCUUCACGGGAAAAAAACGAUGAAAACAAAAACUGAAACGUUUACUACACACAACAAACAUAAGAGGAUAAAAAACUAAAGAUUGACUGGUCUUGGUCAGUACCCGUACUGCAACAUUCUGUAUGUUUUACAGUUGACCAAAGGCUUUCUUGAGUAGACCAGAUAGGAGAGCAUUACAGUAGUCAAGCCUGCUUGUAAUAAAAGCAUGGAUGAGUCUCUCUGUAUCAGCCUAAGAAAGAAAAGGCCGCACCUUGGCAAUGUUCCUCAGGUGGUAAAAAGCUAUGUUUUGUCACAUUCCUAAUGUGUGAUCCGAAAUUGCUGCAGCAUUCUCGAUGACGACUAGCUUGAUUAAGUCUCCAUGUGUAUCGCAAUAGGUCAGGGGUUUAUAAUCUCCAAAUAUCCACUAUUUCUAAUGAGUCCAUAAUAUUUGUGAUUUCUUCUUCAUUGAUGAUAGUUUGUAGAGUCUCCUCCAUGUGUAUCGCAAUAGGUCAGGGUUUUAUAAUCUCCAAAUAUCCACUAUGUCAAAUGUGCCCAUAAUAUUUGUGAUUUCUUCUUCAUUGAUGAUAGUUUGUAGAGUCUCCUCCAUGAAUCUCUCACUAGGUCAGGGGUUUUUAGUCUCUAAAUUUCCCCUAUUUCUAAUGAGUCCAUAAUAUUUGUGAUCUCCGUAAGGGCACGGUGAUGAUAGUUUGUAGAGUGAUUUCCUUUAUGGUCAAUUGAGCUACUUAACACUGUGUUAUAGUGUCCUACCAUAAUGAUUGGAUCGUUUGUUGCAUGUAAGUUCAAUAAAUUGGUAUAAAUAUUUUUUAAGAAGUGUGGAUCAUCGUGAUUUGGACCAUAUAGAUUAAUGAGCCAAAUCUGUUUUUCCAAUCACUUUUUAUAUUCAAAAGGAUCCACCUUCCUUGCGAAUAAUUCCUGACUGUUUGCACGUUUGGAUUGGCAUUUUUGUUAAUUAAUAUCAUCACACCUUUUGAGUUCCUUUGUCCAUGACAGAACAUUAUUUCACCACCCCAUUCCUUUUUUCCACGCAACUUCAUCUAAGGAUGUAGAUUGAGUUUCCUGUAAGUAGUAUAUGUUAUAUUCCUUUUCUUUCAGCCGCAUAAAGACUGAUAUUUUCCUAUAAUCUCUUAAGCCGUUACAAUUAUAACUGGCUAUACUUAUUUUAGCCCUUACUGUAACUAUAUACUAUUCUCAGUCAAAAUUGACCAUAAUUAGUGCUUGUAAAAUUACUGCCAUAAGAGGUAUUUUGACGGUCAAAAAUAGAGAUUUCAAAUGUCUGAUGUUUAGAAUUCAAGAAACAGGUUCGAGCAACAUUUGUUUGGUUUUGUAUGCCUGUGCCACAGAUGUUAGAAAAUUGAGUCAAGAUAUUGCGUGUAGUAGAUCUGUGUAGGUUGAUGUGUAUGAUACUGGAUGUGAUUUAGUGUGUACGAUGUCUGGAUUAGAGUAAGACUAUAAUGUGUGAUGUCUAAAUAAAGA